AUGCCGGACGAGCUAGCACCACCCCGCAAGAGCGUAGAGCUGGAAGACCCCGGCGCGAAAGAGCUGGCCGACUCAAGCGACGAGCACUUCUCCGAUGCUACCGAAGGCCAGCCUGCGCGGUCGGACAUGACCUCGCCCAUUCCCAUCACACGAGUUGAGCGAGUCGACGACGAGCCAGCCCACGGCGAGGUUCCCGGAACAGACGCAUACAACAUGCGCACCCAAGACGCUGUCCCCGACGAGGUUGAGAUUGUCCCAGAAGGCGCACGAAGUCGCAGUGCCUCGCGCGUCAGCGUCAGCGACAGGCCUCUGACACCAGGAGGAACGCCAGUGCCAAAGACAAUUGUCGAGAAAAUCGACCCCGACCAGCCCAGCUACGGCGAUGUUCCCGGUACACUUGCCCACCAGCAACGUCUGGCCGAUGCUACGCCUGACGUGGUUGUCAGAGCACCGGAGGAGCCUUCCCAGAGCAGCAAUCCAGGGUCACCAACCUCGCAUGACAGGUCCCCAAUAAGCCCGAGUGACGGCACAACCGAAGCCGCACCUGAAACACUUGCCGAAGCCGACGCCGACGCCUCGAUCGAGCAAGACGACGACUUUGGCAACGCCGACGGUGACGACGAUGGUUUUGGCGAUUUCGACGACUUUGAAGAAGGCGAAGAGGGUGACGAUGAUUUUGGGGACUUUGACGAUGGGUUUCAGCAAGGCGAGGACGAUGCAGAGACAUCAUUUGAUAAGCCCCCAGAACAGCCUCCUGUACCUGUCCCCUCGCCAGGUCCUCCCGUCUUAGACUUUGACCAACUCACAUCACUUGAAGACAUCGUCUCAGCAACACAGCCAUACCUUGAUGACAUGUACCCCGCACAGGACGGCAUACCCACAAUAUCCACCAAUCCCGAGGAAACGCGGUCCAUAUUCCUCUCAGAACGGAGUCAUUCAUUAUGGACACAACUAGUCGCACCGCCGCCACUACAACCUCCCGACUGGGUCCGCUCGCGCAUACGGCGGCUGUUCUUGGUAUCCCUAGGUGUACCCGUCGACCUUGACGAGAUCCUCCCUGCAUCCAAACAAAAGAAGCUCAUCCUCCCUUCAAUACAUAUACCCGGCGGCUCACCGCGCCCCUCCUCAGACGGUCGAAAUAACGGCGGUCCCUUGGGACGCAUCAAGCGCGAGAACGAAUCAUCCACUUCAGUUGACUCAUCAAGUUCAAAACCAGAGCGGAAACGCAAAGGACCGCCACCACCACCCGAACUGGACAUCAGCAGUACCAUGCAGCUUUGCGCGACAACAGAUGCAGCACUGCAAGGCUUGACUGACGAGGAGUUGAAGAUGCACAUCGACCACCUAAAGGGUCUGCAAGAAAGAGCAAAAGAGGUGUUCGAGUAUUGGCAGAAGAGAUUAGAAAGUGCACUAGGCGACAAGGAUGCCUUUGAGCAAGUCAUCGAGAGUCUGGUUGCGCAUGCGAAGAAGCUCAGGUAG